CUAACAUUUAAGGCUAUAGAUAUGAUUCAGCAAGGGGCAUAGAGAUCAGUUGUAGAUAGGGACUCACAGAUACCAGUCAUGAUGCUACUGCUGGUAGUCGUUUGUGUUGGGUUUGCUCUAGCUGUGCCUUUGGAAAAUGAGGUACCUGUGGCAUAUGCUGAGAACGCGGAUAUAAACCCGGAAGAAGUGUCAGGAUUGUUCGAAGGUGAUAUUGACCUGUUGCCGGGCGAGAAUCCCCUGCACCGCAACGCCAUCAAUGAUCGCAACAGACGCUGGGCUCACGGUGUUGUGCCGUACGAGAUUUCCUCCACAUAUCCCGCGACUGUUCAGAACAUCUUCAAACAGGCUAUGGCGGAGAUUGAAGAGAAGACCAAGGUCAACGGCAAGACGUGCAUCCACUUCAAGCCACAUGCUGGCGAGCCCGGCUACGUUAAGUUCGUCACCGGAAACGGCUGCCACACACCCGUUGGCUACAUCGGUCGUCAGUCGGACGUGACGAUCGGCCCCGGGUGCGAGCGAAAAGGCACCGUCAUGCAUGAGCUUCUGCACGCACUUGGCUUCUGGCACGAGCAGAGCAGAACCGACCGAGACACCUACGUCACUAUCCACUUGGAAAACAUUCAGAAAGGUCACGAGGGCAACUUCAACAAGUACCCGACGGGAUACAUCGAUUUGCUGGGACAGCCAUAUGACUACGGCAGCAUCAUGCACUACAGCGCCUAUGCCUUCGCUAUUGACCCCCAUAAAAUGACCAUUGAGCCUAAGCGGCCUGGAGUGACCAUUGGUCAGCGAGAAGCUUUGAGUGCCACUGACAUUAAAGAGAUUCAACUCUUGUACGACUGCGUUGCCGCUGACCCUCAUGGAAGCACCUCCAGCCCCUUCGUUACCGCCCCUCCAACCACAACACCAGCGCCGCCCACCGGAUCUGACGUCUGCACAUUCGAUACUGGUCUUUGCACAUGGACAAAUUCGCGCGCGGACACGAUGGACUGGACACGUUACCAUGGCUCUACGCCGUCUGCUGGAACCGGUCCAACGGCCGACAAUACCGGCUCAGCAACACACUACUACUUGUACUUGGAGGCAACCGGCCACGCCAAUAAGGUUGCCCGCCUCGACUCGAAGCUGUAUCCGGGCGGUGACUACUGCGUCGACUUCUAUUAUCAUAUGCAUGGUGCUGGCAUAGGUUCCCUGUACCUCAACGUCAAGGCUGGGGCACAGAUUAUUCACUUGCAGAGCUGGAGUGGUGAACAUGGCACCUCGUGGGCUCACAUCCGGUUGAACGCCAAAGUGCAUACUACCGGUUAUUUCAACUUCGAGUUCGAGGGGCACACAGCCACCAACCAAUUGGGCGAUAUCGCCAUCGAUGACAUCACCAUCCAUCCCGGAAACUGCUAAUCACGUGACUGCAUGGAUCCUUAUGUACUCAUGUCCAAUAAAGUUCAAACAAACUU